GACAUUGUCUCCUCCUUUCUUCUGAAGCACUUGAAUUUUUAUGCGAUGAGCAUUUUCUGCACUAAUUCUUUAUUUCUUUAUUGCUUAGCUAUUGUUUCUCUUGAUCUUCUUUACAUAUCAAAAGCUGAAUCUUUUGAUUACCCAACAGCAAACUUAUCUACUACAUGGACAAAUAGCCACUCUCUUCCCCAUUCAGUAAACUUCACCGAUGGAUCAAUGGUAGUUUGGUCUGCCAACAGAAACAAUCCUGUUAGCAUCAAUUCGACGCUACAACUCACGUCUGAUGGAGAUUUGGUCUUAAAAGAUGUUGAUGGAACUAUUGCUUGGUCCACGAAUACUCGUGGCAAGUCUGUUGCAGGCUUAAACUUAACUGAUACAGGCAAUCUUGUGCUUUUUGAUAAUAAUAAGGCAAUAGUUUGGCAAUCUUUUGGUCACCCAACUGAUUGUUUGGUUCCAGGCCAAAAAUUGGUUUCAGGACAGAAACUUAUUCCUAGCGUUUCUACAACAAAUUGGACUCAACUAAAUUUGCUUUCACUGUCUGUCACUGAUGAAGGAUUUUUGGCUGCAGUUGAGUCCAAUCCGCCUCAGGUCUAUGAAGAGUCUAGGGUUUAUGGCAACAAGACGAAUAAAGAACCAACUUAUGUCACUCUCCGAAAUGGAAGCUUUGCUUUGUUUGCCAAUUCUUCAGAGCCAAGUGAACCAGACAUCUUUAUUCCAAUUCCUGAGGCAUCAUCAGCUCAGUAUGUGAGGUUUUGUCCUGAUGGGCAUUUCAGACUAUAUGAAUGGGGAACAAAUGGCUGGAAGGAAGUUGCAGACUUGCUUUCAGCUCCAGGUUAUGAAUGCUUUUACCCUACAGUUUGCGGGAACUAUGGCAUUUGCUCGAAUGGGCAAUGCAGUUGUCCUUCAACUACCUAUUUCCAGCAAAUAAAUAAUAGACAACCUAAUCUUGGUUGUUCUACAAUAACUCCUUUGACUUGUGAAGCUUCUCAGAAUCAAAGUUUCUUAGAGCUUAAAGAUACAACCUAUUCUAGCUUUCGGAUAGACUUUAAAAAUGUUGAUUCAGAGAGUUGCAAGAUGGCUUGUUCAAAAAAUUGCUCCUGCAAAGCUGCUAUUUUUCAAGUUUCUUUAAAUUCUUCUAUUGGAGAUUGUUACUUGCCAAAUCAGAUAUUUACAUUGAUAAAUAAUGAUAUUGAAAAAACCCAUUAUAACUCUAUUGUAUACUUAAAAGUGCAAAACCUUCCUCUGAAAGCGCAAAACCCCCCAACUGCAGAAACUAUAGCUCCUCAUCAACAAAAGAAAAGCCGGGUAGCAACUAUAUUAUGGUCCAGUCUUGGAGCUUUUUUUGGUUUGUUACUAACUAUUGGAGUUGUAGUGUUUUUAAUGUGGAGGAAAAGACAUGCUGAUGAAGAUGAGGAGGAUUUUUUGGAUCAAGUACCAGGAAUGCCUACGCGAUUUUCCUACGAUGAUUUAAAGGCCAUAACAAAAAACUUCUCCAAGCUGCUCGGCGAGGGAGGAUUUGGCUCAGUUUUUGAAGGUACUCUAACUGAUGGCACGAAAAUUGCAGUGAAAUCUCUUCAUGAUUUAGGCCAAAUCAAGAAGUCAUUCUUGGCCGAGAUUGAGUCAAUUGGAAGCAUCCAUCAUGUGAAUUUGGUAAGACUGCUUGGCUUUUGUGCUGAUAAAUCUCAUAGGCUUCUUGUUUAUGAAUUUAUAUCUAAUGGGUCUUUAGAUAAAUGGAUUUUCCAUAAAACCCAUGAUCUUUUUCUUGAUUGGAAGCAGAGAAAAAAGAUUAUUCUCGAUAUUGCUAAGGGACUUACCUAUCUGUGGAGUUGUAGUGUUUUUUUAAAUAUAUGUGGAGGAAAAGACCUGAAAACCAAUCUGAUCUAUCCGAAGAUGAGAGAGGUAUCUACUAUUUGGAUGCGAGUAUCACUACCCCCAGGAAUAGCCCCAACCUACGGCGGAUUUUUACACUACGCACUCGAUUUAAUCACAUUAUGA